UAAUAAUAAUUAUUAUUUAUUGUUAUUAUAAAAACUCAGAGUCAAUCUUUACAACAUUGGUUUGAAAACUUACAGCCCUAGUCCCCCGUCUCUCUCUACUUCUGCCCCCACCCUUGUUUUUCGUCAUGCUCCCGCCACCUUUCUCCUUCACCACCGCCGCCGCCGCUUUACCCUAGAAAUCACUUUCGAUUCAAAUUCUAGGUUUCCGAACCCGCACUUAUUCUCUACGAUCAAUCAAUCUUCCUUCUAUUAAAUUUUAAUUCGAAUAAACCCGUCUUAAAUACUUGUUCCGUUGGUAGUUUUAGGGAUGGGUGGUGAUGGGGGUAAUGGUGGUGGUGGUGAUCGCCUUGAUGAUCAGAGUGACGUCGUUGUUGUUGCCCCUCCAAAGUCUCCGUGGAAGACUUCUUCCACCGCUUACUCGGCUGUGAGGGCUGAUUCCGACGCUUGGCCGGCGCUCUCAGACGUUCGUCACCGUACGAAGGAUGAUGUCAAUGCUCAAUCCAAUUCCCCCAAGUUGCCUCUCCAGCCGUCGAAAUUCGGGGCUGAUGGUUGCGGUGCUCCUCCGGCGGCUCCUCCGCCGGUCCCAUGCGAGCAGCAGAAGUUCCAUGAACGUGGUAACACCAAGUCCUUCCGUAGGCCUCACAAUAUGCAUCAAAACAAAACUGGCCCCAAGCAUGGCCCAAAUGGUGUACCUCCAUAUCUUGUUCCUGUACACUGUUAUCAACAACCCGGUACCCCGUAUUUUCGACCUAUGUUUCCCUUUAGGCCAGUGGCUGUCCCUGGAUAUAGUUAUAAGGUUCCUCCUAGACCUUUUCUGAGGCCUGAUGGUCAACUGGUGAAUCCUGGUAGUGAUUCUGCUCAAGCUUUUGUUCCGCCAGCAAAUGGGGGUUUCCGACCUCCAGCACAUGCUGAUUCCAGUGCCCGUGAUCCCAGAUAUACUGGAAGAAGGCCUGGUGCAGAAGGACAAAAUGGCCAAUUUAAUUCUUCCUGGAAUAAUCAACGGCCAAUUGCUUUUAACAACUUCCAUAUGCAACAAGAUAUAGGGCCAAGGCCUUUCAUAAGCCCCCCUGCUUUUAUUCCUAGUGGUUUUGUUGAUGUGUCAAACUUCCAAGGUCCACCAGGAGCUAUGCACUAUCCACCUCCUCCUCCAGGCUAUGUUAAAGUAACUUACCCACCGUUCUUGGUUCCACAUCCUUUUAACCUCGGAGUACCUCCGCCAGUCUCGCCUACAACAGCCUUGAGAGCUAGAAUUGUAAAGCAAAUUGAAUAUUAUUUCAGUGACAAGAAUCUGCAGGGUGACCACUACUUGAUUUCCUUGAUGGACGACCAAGGCUGGGUUCCUAUAUCAAUCAUCGCUGGCUUUAAAAUGAUUCGAAGACUGAAUGUGGAGAUACCAUUUAUUCUAGAUUCAUUGCAGGUUUCAGAGACAAUCGAAGUGCAGGGUGAGAAGGUGAGGAGACGCAACGAGUGGUCAAAAUGGAUUCCAGUUUCUCUGGUCAGCAAAUCUUCAUCUCACGUUCGAGAUGCUGUGAACAAUGAUGAUUCCAAUGAAAAUAAGAGGGACAACAAAGAAACAAUGAAACUCCCCCCAUCAAAUGGAAGCUCUGUGGUUCCUACACUAUCGAGUGCAGAUAUCGUAAAAGGUUCCAUAAAUUAUGAUACAGAGCAGAGCGAGGACAAAGUUCUGGCAUGCGGUGAAGCACAAAAAGUUACUCUGGGAAAUAGUAACUCAAGCAUGGGGUUGGGAUUUCAACCUGAUGAUGGGAAUGAUAGCACUAAACACUAUGAUGAAUCAAUUUUCCCAGCUGUUGCACAAGGAGCUGGUACUGUGACGUCUAUCGUUCCUGUAAACCAUGAAAGCAAAGAGAUGCAGGUUUGUUCAGAUCAGCAUGUAAAGAAUUUGGAUGACUUGUCUAAUGAUUCUUCAAACAUUAUGCUUGAUGAAGAACUGGAAGUGGAGCAGAAAAGGAUAGAGAACGAUCAUCCUUCUAGCUUGGAAAGGGUUGAUGACGAAAAUGAGGAAAUGUUGAGUAAAGAUGAAUCGGUGAAGAGGCUUGUUAUUGUCACUCAGAAUAGUGGAUUGAACGGAUGUCCCGGUGAGGAAUCAAAGACAGUAUCCAGAGAUCUUGCUUCUGCUCUAAACGACAGCGUCCAUAUUUAUGAACAGGAAUUACACUCAAAACAAUCAGAAAGCAGGAACAAAAACUCCAGAUAUUCUGCUAAUGUUGCUGUCGCAGAGAAUUUGAGAUCUGCUCAUUCUAAUGGAAGAAGCAGCUGCGGAGGAUCUGGAAAUUCUAAUUCUGAUAGGAAGCCAAAUAAAGGCAGCUCGAAGCUGAAUUCCAUUCAUAAGCAGGGGCUAUUCUGUGGCAAUAUCAGAGCUCAUUUAAGUGACCGAAAUUCUCUUGGAGCAUUAUCUGAGAGUCCACCAAGUGAUGCAGUUGGUUUUUCCUUUGGUUCUAAAUCUCCAGAUAGUGACGGGUCUGGGGAUUCAGAGUUUAGUUCGUCACCUCACCUACCAUCUGACCAUCUAAUUCAUAAACUUCUAGAUAAUAAUGGUUUCGAACAGCAACUGUACGAGAAGUUUGAAGAAUGCUGCCUCAGUGAACGAGAGAAGCUGGGCAUUGGUUGCAGUGAGGAGAUGAAUAUAUUGUACGGUUUUUGGUGUUAUUACUUAAGGGACGUGUUUACCCCUUCCAUGUAUGAUAAAUUCCAGAAGUUGGCUGUAGAAGAUGCUGCAGCCAGUUACUAUUAUGGACAAGAGUGCCUAUUCUGGUUUUACAGAUAUAGCUUGGAGAGGAAUUUCAGAGAGGACGUCUACGAGGACUUUGAACAGCUGGCACUUGACUUCUAUAAGAAAGGAGACCUUUAUGGCCUGCAAAAGUAUUGGUCAUUUCACCAUCAUAGGGAGCUCAAUGACAAGAGUGGAGUACAACUGAAAAGGCAUGCAGAACUUGAUAGGCUGCUCAAGGAAGAAUACCGUUGUUCUGACGACUUCAUCAGGGUCGUUAUCUAAGAAUGCUACCGCAAAAGAGGAUCAACAUUAGGCCUUUUUUUGGCCGAUGACUGUGUACCUUGAGAGUUUCAAAUCAACUAACGGAAAACUCGAUUUUUGCGGGAAAAAGGAGAAUUAUAACAUUUUGUAGAGCUUUAACUGAAGCUGGUGGCCCCAUUUUCUGGUUUGGGUUUUUUUUGAGAUUCUUUUUUGUAUAUAAACUAUCUUCACGGGGUAGUUAUUGUCGCCCCAUCAAGCCGAUAGAAUGUUCGAUACCUGAAAGAGUUCUUUUUUAAGGUCUCUGAAUGUGUAUCUUUUUUGGAAGGUGUUCAAUGGCUUGAUGGGGCAUUUUCUUUUCUCUAUUAGGUUCCUAACUUGUAUAUAAUGCAAGUAUCAAAAAACCCAAAAAAAAAAAAAAAAAAAAAAAAAGAAAAAAAAAUUGUAGGAAGACAUCCAGAUGUUUUAUAACAUUUAAUUUCUGGAAAUUAGACGGAAAGUUUGAAAGCCGGAUAGGCCUUUGUGUUUUUGUUUUAUAUAUAAGUUUUAUCGUAUUUUUUUCCC